AUGGCCAGUUCGCCAGGUCUAAACGCAUCCGGAAGAAUAUCGGAGUCUACGUGGAAUCGAGUGAAACAAUUCAAGUACAAGAACCUAGAAAAGCUGUACACAAUCUACCAAAGGAGGCUGCAAUAUGGUUACCUCUCGAUAUUCGUCUUGCUGCAGCUGGUGCUCGGAUUUGCAUAUUGUUUGACUCUGAUCUUGACGACGGUCAACAUGGAGGAAUGCCUGCCGGACCUCGUAGUCUACUGCAUCGUAGGCGCUUUGCUGUGUCCCGUGAUCGCCCUGUCGUUCAGGUCGAAGAUCAUCGCGAAGAACACCUAUCUACCGGUCAUGCUGUCCUGGCUGAUCGUCGUGUUGCUGGUCAUCGGUGACCUGGCCGUUCCAUUGUACUAUACCCUCACCUACACCUCCGAGGGCAUGCCACCGAUAAGGCCGGCAUAUGCGACACAUGCGCUUCUCGCAUGCUACGUGUUUCUGCCAAUCACGAAGAACUCGCACGCUUUCGUGCUCGGUCUUACGGCUACCAUGUGUUACCUGACGACUCUGUCAUUAAUCACUUACAGCAACACGUCCGAUUACAUUGCUAAGAUCAUCACCGACGCGAUAUACUUCGCGUGCGUGAACGGACUGGGACUCUACUUCAGGUUUAUGAACGAGGUCGUUAUCAGGCGCUCCUUCCUAGACCGUCGAAAGUGCGUCGAGUCCACGCUCAGACUCAACUAUGAGAAGGAUCAGGAAGAGCAACUGACGAGGAGUAUAUUGCCGCAGCACAUAGUGGCGAAAAUCAAAAAGGAUUUUAGGGAUAUCUUCAAGUUCAUAGAAGAACACAAAAAGUGUCCGCUACCAAAAGGUGGCAGGCCAAACAGUGAUUUGUGCGUGGAAACGCACAACAACGUGAGCAUCUUAUACGCGGACGUGGUGAACUUCUCCGGCCUGACCGUAACAUUACCGAUACGGAAGCUCGUGGAGACCCUGAACGACCUGUUCGGCAGUUUCGACGAGGCGUCGGAGCGACACAAUGUGCUGAGAAUAAAGUUCUUGGGUGAUUGUUACUACUGCGUGAGCGGCGUGCCUACGCCGAAUUCCCAGCAUGCCAAGAGCUGCGUCGAUCUCGGCCUUGAUAUGAUAAGAAUCAUCAACGAGGUGAGGGCGCGAGUCUAUCGCGAGAGUGGCGUGGACGUGAACAUGAGGAUCGGCGUACACUCGGGCAACAUAAUAUCCGGCAUUCUGGGCACGAACAAAUGGCAAUACGACGUUUGGUCGCGCGACGUGGUGAUAGCGAACAAGAUGGAACAAACGGGGAAACCCGGCAAGGUCCAUGUGACACAGCAAACGCUGGACCUCGUAAAUGCUAAUGACUACAACUGCGUGCCGGUUGACAGACUGGACGAUGAGGUCUUACGGAAGUACGGAAUACGUAGCUACCUCAUCACGCCGUCCUUACCAGAAACGCCGACGCCAACUCUAAGGCAGAACAGCGAGCACACUUUGAGGGUCAUUAAUUCGGAGUCGCCACCACUGUCGCCGUAUUCCACUAACAAGCACUACGUGAAAUUCUAUAACGGGCGGUCCAAUACCACCAUGAGCACCACGUCCAGAGCAAGAUUGACAGUUAACACUCAGGCGGACUUCUUCGCGAGCACUUACAGGCGGAGGACGCACUUUAUGGAUUCCUGUUUGCGAGACUAUCAUUUGAUGUUAAAAGCAGCGGACGCCGAGAUGGAAAACGCUAUUAAUCAGAAUGCCACUCAGCAAUGGGAGUAA